AUGUGUGGGAAGUCUAACUUAAGUAUGAGGUUGAAAGACAAUUCUGCAAAUAGUCUACCCGAUAAAGAAACUCCAAUAAUGGAUGACAAUGAUUAUGAUCACCAUUUUGAUUCAGAAAGUGAUGAUGAAUAUUCUAAAACCAUGAAUUCUGCUCAAUUUUCAACAUCUCAAGAUAGAUAUAUGAAGGAUCAUGAUUUGAAAAUGAAAACUUUUCAAGCAUUACAUAAUGGAAAUCAACAUUUUACCCCAUCGCCUCCCAAUAAUUCAAACCUAAAAAGAAGACCUUCAAUUAUAGAUUUACCUUACGGUCUGAAUGGACAUCCUUUACCAACUCAAGCUCCCCAUUUAGCUGCAUCCCGAGCAGAUCCAGUUUCUACUCAAAAUGCAUUACCUGAAGAAUACCCUUCUGGAGAAUUGAUUGAAUUUUAUCAGAAUGUUAAAGAGUGUUUAGAUUUAAGACAUAAAUAUUUGAAAUUAUCAUUACAAAUCCCAGAACUGUUAAAUCCAAGGAAUCAGCCGGAUUGGAAAAUUUAUCCACCACCACCGAAACCCACAUAUAAAUCCAAAAACAAGUUUAAUCAAACUAGUAAAAAUGAAGAUGAACAAGAAGAAUUUGAUUUUAGUAAAUGUGUAAUCCCUGAUUUAAUCGAUGAUAAUUUUCAUUUUAUUUUAGACGAAGAAGGAGUUUAUCAAGUUUAUGAUAGUGAAAAUGACCAAAAAUUGGUCAAUAUUCCAAGCUUAGAUCAAUACCACAGAGAUAUGAACAUUAUUAGUAAAAUUUCAUCAGAUGGUCCUACAAAAUCAUUUGCAUUUAAAAGAUUACAAUACCUUGAAGCAAAAUGGAAUAUGUACUAUCUUUUAAAUGAAUUUGAAGAAACAAAACAGUCAAAAAGAAAUCCUCAUCGUGAUUUUUAUAAUGUUCGUAAGGUAGAUACUCACAUUCAUCAUUCUGCUUGUAUGAAUCAAAAGCAUUUAUUAAGAUUUAUCAAAUACAAAUUAAAAAAUGAUCCUGAUGAACCUGUAAUUUUCAGAGAUGGUAAGAUUUUAACAUUAGCUGAAGUUUUUAAAUCUUUGAAUUUAACAGCUUAUGAUUUAUCAAUCGAUACAUUAGAUAUGCAUGCUCAUACUGAUACAUUCCAUAGAUUUGAUAAAUUUAAUUUAAAAUAUAAUCCCAUUGGAGAAUCUAGAUUAAGAGAAAUUUUUCUAAAAACGGAUAAUUUUAUAGAUGGUAAAUAUUUAGCAGAAAUAACUAAACAAGUUAUGGAAGAUUUAGAAAAUUCAAAAUAUCAAAUGUGUGAAUUGAGAAUUUCAAUCUAUGGAAGAUCAAUUCAUGAAUGGGAUAAAUUAGCAGCUUGGAUUAUCGACAAUAAAUUAUUCAGUCAUAACGUAAGAUGGUUAAUUCAAGUUCCAAGAUUAUAUGAUAUUUAUAAAAAGAAUGGGAAUGUUCGUUGUUUCUUAGAUAUUGUUAAAAAUUUAUUUGAACCAUUAUUUGAAGUUUCCAAAAACCCAAAAACUCAUCCUAAACUUUAUGUAUUUUUACAAAGAGUAGUUGGGUUUGAUUCAGUUGAUGAUGAAUCAAAAGCUGAUAAACCAAUUGAAUCAAGAAAAUUUCCACCUGCAAGUGAAUGGAAUUAUACGAAUAAUCCACCAUAUUCUUAUUAUUUGUAUUACUUAUAUGCAAAUAUGGCAACUUUGAAUCAUUUGAGAUUGAAAAAUAAAAUGAAUACAUUUGUGCUAAGACCUCAUUGUGGAGAAGCAGGUGAUCCCGAACAUUUAAUAAGUGCUUUUUUAACUUCAUAUGGUAUUUCUCAUGGAAUAUUAUUAAGAAAAUUACCAUUUGUUCAAUAUCUUUAUUACUUGGAUCAAAUUGGAAUUGCAAUGUCCCCACUUUCAAAUAAUGCAUUAUUUCUUACAUAUGAUAAGAAUCCAUUUUACAAUUUUUUCAAAAAGGGUAUGAAUGUAUCGUUAUCCACAGAUGAUCCAUUACAAUUUUCUUACACCAAGGAACCGCUUAUUGAAGAAUAUUCAGUAGCUGCUCAAAUUUAUAAGUUAUCCAGUGUUGAUAUGUGUGAAUUAGCUAGAAAUUCAUGUUUACAAAGCGGAUAUGAAGCAGAAAAUAAAAAACAUUGGUUAGGUAAAAAUUAUAUGCUUGGAGGAGUUGAUGGAAAUGAUAUUGAGAAAACAAAUAUUCCAAAUAUUAGAUGUGAAUUUCGUGAUGAAACACGUAAAUCUGAAGAACAUUUGAUAGAUUAUUAUAAUAAGAUUGGUGGAAAAGGGAAUGAUAAAAAAUAA